AUGUCCAUCGACCGGCGCCUUAGAGAAACAGGUACUUUUAAAAAAAGUCAUUAUGACACUGGCCGUCCCAGAACGAUCCGAACUCCAGAGGCUGAAGAGCGUGUUCUCCAACGUUUUGAAGAAGAUGAUACUUUAAGCACCAGAAGAAUUGCUUUCGCCGAAAAUAUGCCACAUUCCUUGGUAUGGAGGAUUGCUAGGGAACAACAACUGCAUCCAUAUCAUACGACUAAAGUACAAGAAUUGCUUGCUGAAGAUUUGCCAAAACGACUACAAUUUUGCAACUGGAUGUCAGAAAAGGUUCGUGUUGAUGCGAUGUUCGCCAAACGUAUUUUGUUUACUGAUGAGUGUUGUUUCACAAAAAAUGGCAUUUUCAAUUUAAGAAAUAGUCAUCACUGGAAUGAUGAAAAUCCAAAUGCAACAGUUGUGCGACAUUCACAAUACAAAAUUAAAAUCAAUUUAUGGGCGGGAAUAAUUGGCAAUAAACUUUUGGGUCCAAUUGAACUUCCUCUAAAUGUGAAUGGGGAAAAUUACUUACAUUUUUUGAACAACGACUUUGUUGAAGUUUUGGAAGACCUUGAUUUGGAAACCAGAAGAAAUAUGUGGCUAAUGCAAGACGGGGCCCCUCCUCACUACUCUCGACAAGUAAGGCGACAUUUAAAUAAUAUUUUUGCAAAUAGAUGGAUUGGUCGUGGAUGGGAUGCUCCUCAGCCAUGGCCACCAAGAAGCCCAGAUCUAACUCCUUUAGAUUUUUUUGUUUGGGGAUACGCAAAAUCUAAAGUGUAUGAAAUUCCAAUAGAAGACGAGGAUCAUUUAAGGCAAAGAAUAACGGACACUUUCAAUGAAAUAAAGACGAAUGAAGAAGUUUUGAAUAAGCUCCCCUUUCAUUUCUUAAAAAGAGUUAGAGCAUGUAUUAGAGCUAACGGUGAUCACUUUCAACAUAUGCUUAAAUAA